AUGAAUGACAUCAAGAGCAACCGAGAACUGUACCAGCAAUACACAGCCUCGGCCCCCAGGCUCCUGGCCCGCAUCUCCAAACUGCUCAUCAGUUGCCGGAACUCAGGCAUUUCUGUACCUAAGGGCAUCAGGAACAUCUUUGAGUUCACUUGGGAGGAGCUUAUUGCCGACCCCAUGGUGCCUACCCCAUCUGACAUCAUGGGCCUGGAGAUCAGCAUUGGAGCUCCCCCCAUAGUGCUUAUGGAAUCAGCCCCCAUGCAGGUCCCUGUCCAGAAGAAGCCAGCACCACCAGCAAUACCACCGCCACAGUUGCUGCCCACCGGGCCAGCCAAGUUCACCACCCAUGGCUAUCUGAUGCACUCUGGCCAGGAGACCCUGCACAAAUUCCAGCGGCAGUCCAUUCACUUGCUCACAGAGCUGCUCGCCCUGAAGAUGAAGGCCAUGGUGGAGUCCGUGUCUGUGGGUGCCAAUCCCCUGGAUAUCACAAGGCGUUUUGUGGAGGCCAGCCAGCUCCUCCACCUCAAUGCCAAGGAGAUGGCUUUUGACUACCUGAUUGGCACAAUUGGGAGAAGUGGUCAGAGUGUUGGACAGUUUGGGAAAGAUUCCUCUAUGAACACUCCAGCCAUAGGAGUGAACUCACCUUACCAGCUUGUCUAUGAGUCCUCUACUGGCUGUCUAAGCUUUUCCCUCUCAACUGGAAGAGAUGUUAAGAAGAAAACAGGUAAAUCAAAAAUCUUAGAAGACAUAACCAUAGCACCCUUACAACGAGGAGCUGGAAUCUCUGUCUCUGACAGUAUGGAGUUCAACGACCCCUGCCCUGAGGCCCGGGAGAAACUGCAGGAGAUGUGUCGCCAUAUAGAAGCUGAAAGGGCCUCGUGGAAAGGGAGGAAUUUCUCCUACCCCAUGAUCUUUCGCAACUACAGGGCAAAGGUGCCCUCUCAUCUAAUGUCAGCCCCGAAAGGGGAUGCUCAGACCCUGAGCUCCCACCACUCUCACCUUCCGGGUGCUCAGACAUCCACUCCCACCCCUCACCAGCCUCCUGUCUACCACCAUCCUCACUUCAGCCGGCAUUCUCAGGACUGGAAGGUAUCCAAGAAGGUCAUCAAGUUGCAUUACACCUUCUAUGAUGGGUCCUCCUUUGUGUACUAUCCCUCUGGAAACAUCGCCAUGUGUCAGAUCCCCACGUGCUGCAGAGGGAGAACCAUCACCUACCUCUUUAAUGACACACCCAACUUCUUUCUGGCUCUGUUCAAUGCUGAAGGACAGGGCUAUGUUUACUACAACCUGAAGGCCCGUUGCCCCUACGUCUUGGUCUUGGAUGAGGAAGGUGGGACUGCCAAUGACUCCAAGGGCUACGUAGUCCACAAAUGGAGCUGGACUUCCAAGACGGAGACUUUGCUCUCCCUGGAGUAUAAGGUGAAUGAGCAAAUGAAGCUGAUGGUGCUGGCCCAGGACUCCAUCACAGUCACCUUUACUUCCCUAAAUGAAACAAUAACACUCUCUGUAUCAGCCAACAACUGUCCCCAUGGGGUAGCACAUGAUAAACGGCUGCUGGCCCGCAUGGACGACAAGAUAGCUAAGAUGAACCGAGCUCUGGCAGAGAUGAGGAAGCGAUUUCAAAAGACAGUGUCACAGUUUAUGAAUUCUGUCUUGCUGACAGCAGGCCUGUUCACCAUAGAAUACCCGGUUAAGGAAGAGGCAGAAAUCAAUCAAACCAGGGUAAAAUCGAGUCUCUACCUUGAGCGGAGCACCAAGCCAACUGGAUACUCAGGAGAAGCCCUUUUACUACGAUCUCAGUCAGCCCGAUUGGAAUCCUCAGUUGGAGAGUCUUCGAAGGAAGAACAUGGGUCUGUUUCUGUAAGCCCCACUCGGAAGAAGAGUAUCAAGAUCCAACCCAAAGCUGUGGUCACACCCAGAAGGAAGGCUCGAGAGGGGCGCAGCCCCACCAGGUGGGCGGCCUCACCUUCUGACUGCCCACUGGUGCUGCGGAAGCUCAUUCACAAGGAAGACAUUCGGGCUGGCUGUAAGUGCAUGGUGAAGGCACCCCUGGUAACUGACGUGGAGCUAGAGCGCUUCCUGUCUGCACGCCGCGACCCCAGCCAGGUCCUGGUGUUCGGCAUAGUCUCAAGCCAGAGCCCCACCAGUACUGCACAGCUCCAGUGGCUGCUCGACACACUCUACAGUCACCGGCAGCAGGGCCGAGCCUCACCCUGUAUCCAGUGCCGGCAUGACCCCUACCGCCUGCUGCGGUAUGAUCUGGACAGCCCCCUGCAGAGGGAACCACCCCUACUGGUGAAGAAGUAUGCUGUGGUGCAGGGGAUGAUUCUGAUGUUUGCUGGGGGGAAGCUUCUUUUUGGAGGCUGUGUUUUGAAUGGAUAUGGCUUCAGCAAGCAGAAUCUGCUGAAACAGAUCUUCCAGGCUCGACAAGACUGCAAGAUGGGCUACUUCCUGCCAGACAACUACAAAUUUAGCCUUUCAACCUAUAUCCCGGGCCUGGAAGACCCUGACUCAGCCAUGAAGGCAAUAUCAGAAGACAUCCAAGGAAGCUUCUCUUCGUUGGCCCUGGAGGACAAGAUGGAGGAGUCCUCUCCUGAGGCUGAGAAGAAAAUGAAACCACCUGAAGUGGACCUGCCUACUCUCAGCAAAACCAGGAGGGGCAGUAAGAAGGUGGCCUCCUGGAAAAAACAGUCCUCCAAGAAAUGA